GUUUUCAUUUCAUAACUUUCAGUUUUUAUUGCGAAGUGAAGAGAUUUCCUUGUGAACUUCGAUUUAAAUCAAAUAGUUGCUGUACAAUUUUUGCCAAGUUCUCACUGUUACCAGCUUGUGAGUGCAUAAAAAGUCAAGAUGCCACGAGAGAUAGUGUGUGAUAAGGCGGAGGCGGUGUAUGUGAAGACAGAGCACAUAGAAGUAUGUGUGGAGGUGGAGCCUGGAGGCGUGUGUGUGAAGACGGAGCUUGGAGAGGCAUGUGUGAAGACUGAGCCCGGAGGGGUGUGUGUAAAGAUGGAGUCUAGAGAAAUGUGUGUGAAGACGGAGCCUAGAGAGGUGUAUGUGAAAACGGAGCCCAGAGAGGCAGGUGUGAAGACAGAGCAUAGAGAGAUGUGUGUGAAGACAGAGCAUAGAGAGAUGUGUGUGAAGACAGAGUCGGGAGAAGCAGGUGUGAAGAUGGAGCCCAAAAGGGUUUGUGUGAAGACAGAGCCUAGAGAAAUGUGCCUGAAGACCGAGCAGGAGUGCACAGACAGCGCGGGCUCGCGCAUAGUGAGUGCAGUAGCAGCACAGGCCAGACUCUAUACUGACCAUGAAGUCAAGGACGAGCUUGUGCUUGGCCCUGAGGAGUGGCACCGCCCUCAAGUGUUUCCACUACCAGUGUGUUCGGAUGACAGCGCGGUCCACGCCAGGGAACAGCUCGCGAUGGCGUGUUUCGUGGUGCUCGAGCGCCUCCGCGGCGACGCGACUGUUCACAGUGGAGUCAAACUAUACGAUUGCGAACACUGCGGACUAAACUAA